AUGGAUGAAAAAUUAGUAAAAUCAUCUCCAAACCGUCCUCUAUUCGGAACAUGUUAUUCAAAAGGGAAGGUUAAGCUUCCUAUGUUUAUUACACCCCCUUCAUUUCUUCAAGCAUUAUAUGAUGGGAAUGAUGAUAAAUCAAAAUCAUUUCGACGUUAUACUCGAGUGUACAAUGCAACCAAUGCUUUUACAAGUCUUGGUGCUAUAUUAGAUCCAAGAGUACUUACUAGAAGAGGCCCUACAUCAUUCACUAUCCAUGAGGAAUUGCAGCAUCGAACAGGAUCACUACUACCACAAUCAGGGCAAGAUGCAGCUUAUGCGCAAUUGUACAUUUAUGACCCUGAUUCAGCUUUAGAAAUUCACAAUCGUAGAAAUCCGCAAUUAAGAAGAGAUGUUCUAAAAACUAUUCAAGGCAGUUUAUUACAGGUUAAUGCAUUUGUUGCUAAAUUUCGCCAAGCUCAUGCAAUUUUGAAUCAAUUAGCCUUGACAGGACAAAAUUUGUCUGCUCAUCUCCACUACAGUUCAUCAACAGAUCGACGACGAUAUAACCUACCAACUAUAGAUGAGAUUGCAGUUGUAAUACCAGGUGAUGGAACCAAGCUGAUUCUUGUCAUAUCGAAAGAUAUUUCUGAGGAAGAUGGUGUCAAGGAUAUCCUUGUUGUUGAUGUUCGAUAUCAACCUGUUACCAACUACUGCACUCCAAUUUGUAGAAGGUUGUGGCAUUGGCGGGAAGCUCAUGCAAUUUUGAAUCAAUUAGCCUUGACAGGACGAAAUUUGCCUGCUCAUCUCCACUACAGUUCAUCGACAGAUCGACGACGGUAUAACCUACCAACUAUAGAUGAGAUUGCAGUUGUAAUACCAGGUGAUGGAACCAAGGUUAGUGGAAUGAGAGAUGUUAUCUUACAUCUACAUGGAAAUAAUGAGCUAAUGCAAAUCAAUGAAUGUCACCCAGCAUAUUUGCCAUUACAUUAUGUUUUAUUAUUUCCACAUGGUGAGCUUGGAUGGGAACCUGAGAUGAAACUGUGGGAUGUUAAACGUGAUCGGCCUUCAACUGAUCGGCUUACUCAAAUGGAUUUUUAUAGUUAUCGUUUGUUUGAACGACCCACAGAGUAUUCAACAAUUCUGAGAGCUGGAAAAUUGUUCCAAGAGUUUUUGGUUGAUGCUUGGGCUGCAACUGAACAAAAUAGGUUGACUUACUACAAGCUUAAUCAAGGGAAGAUCCGUGCUGAACUUUACCAAGAUUUGACAGAUAUUGAUCCAAAUGACCUUCAACCCAAUCAAAUUGGUCAAAGGUUUGUUUUGCCAUCUUCAUUUCCUGGAGGUCCUAGACACAUGUUUGAAAUCUUUCAAGACACAAUGGCUAUCACACGAUACAACCAACAUCCAGACAUUUUUCUCACCAUGACUGCAAAUCCUAAUUGGCCAGAAAUUACUUCGGCAUUAUUACCGCACCAAAAGCCUAUUGAUUGUCUUGAUUUAAUUGCCUGUGUUUUUGAGUUAAAGAGAAAGUGUUUGAUGAAGGAGAUAGAAACAAACCGAGUGUUUGGUAAUAAAGUUGCGCAUGUUUUUACAAUUGAAUUCCAAAAGCGAGGCCUUCCUUAUAUGCAUGCACUCCUAUUUCUUAAGGGUCCAGACAAAAUUCAGACAUGUACUCAAAUAGACAAAUUGGUUUGUGCAGAAUUUCCAGAUCCAAAAGAUGAACCUAUACUUUUUGAAACAAUCAAGUGUUGUAUGGUAUAUAGACCAUGUGGUGCACGAAAUACACAAGCACCAUGUAUGGAAAAUGGUAAAUGCACUAAGAGAUACCCUCGAGCGUUCGCAGAAAUAACUACUAUGGAUCAAGAUGGAUAUCCUAUCUAUCGUCGUCACAAUAAUGGUCAAGCUCAUAUUGUGAAGGGGAAAGAAGUUGAUAACAGAGACAUCGUACCAUACAAUGCAUAUCUUUCUAAACGUUUCAACUGUCACAUAAAUGUCGAAGUUUGUGUCGGAAUGAGAUGUGUCAAGUAUAUACACAAGUACAUUUACAAGGGUUAUGAUCGUACAAUGAUGGUGUUGAGAUUGAUAAAUGAGAUCCAACAAUAUCUCGAUGCGAGGUAUAUUGGACCUCUAGAAGCUGCUUGGCGAAUAUUUGGUUAUCCAUUGCAUGCAGAGAUACCAACAGUUGUACGCUUAGCACUUCAUUUACCUGGAAUGCACCGCGUUCUUUUUAAUCUUGAUGAAUCAUUAAAAGCAAUUAUUUCGGGAGCUGGCCAACAAAUGUCAACUCUUACUGGUUUUUUUGCAUGUUGCGCUUCUAUGGAAGAUGAAUGUUCAUUCACUUACCAAGAAUUUUCACAACAUUUUGUUUGGCUUAAUUCAGAAAAGAGAUGGAAACCAAGGCAGCAGGGCUAUGCAAUCAGUAGAAUGUACUUUGCUAGCCUUAAUUGUGGUGAGAGAUUUUAUUUGCGUUUGCUAUCAACUGUUGUCAAAGGACCAAAAUCGUUUCAAUGUUUAUGCACGGUCAACAAUGUUUUGCAUAAUACGUUUAAAUCAGCAUGUGUUGCAAGAGGACUUUUAGAAGAUGAUGAAAAAUGGAUACAAUGCCUUAAAGAGGUUGCAGUUAUGAAAACUGACUAUGGUCUAUAUCUUUUGAAUCAAAUGCUCCAAGAAUCAAGAAAAAGUUUAAUUGACUUCCCGCCAAUGCCACAACCUUCUACAAAUUGGAGUGCAGUAGUUGGUAACAGGUUGAUAUUCGAACAUCAACAACUGCAUAAUGAGGCACAACAGGCAGAUGCAGAAAUUAUUAUUGAUUGCCUCAACAAUGAUCAACAAACAGCUUAUGAUGCAAUCACUUCUUCAGUCUUUGAAAAUAAAGGAACUAUUUUCUUUUUGAAUGGAGGUGCCGGAACAGGGAAAACGUUUUUGUACAAUGCGAUUGCAUUAAAGUGUCGCAGCCUUGGCCACAUUAUUAUUACUGUGGCUUCAUCUGGAAUUGCAUCAUUGCAUAGACAUUGUGUUGAGGCAGUUGAUCGCACACUUUGGGACACUUGUGAUAGUGAAAAGCCAUUUGGGGGUAUCACUGCUGUUCUUGGCGGAGAUUUUCGACAAAUCUUACCAGUUAUAACCAAAGGAAUCCGUGAGCAAAUUAUUGAGACCAAUCCUCAGGAAAUUGUUAAACUUCCAUCAACAAUACACAAAUGCCAAGAUCUAAAAGACAUAAUCUCAGUAGUUUAUCCGCAACUGGAUGUGGCAAUGACAUCGACUGCAACAUUUUUAACUGAACGUGCAAUUCUUUCUGCACGGAAUGAUGAUGUCAGUGCUAUCAAUACUGCAGCAUUGAAUAUUUUUCCCGGUAACACACAUACUUAUUUGGCAGCAGACAAGAUGUCUGUAGAUGAUGAAAUUGAUCGUACUAUAAUAAAUAGAUAUCUUAAUGAAUAUUUAAAUUCAUUAGAUCCUCCUGGGCUGCUGGCUUUUAAGGUAGAGUUGAAAGUGGGUUGCCCUAUAAUGUUGUUAAGAAAUAUUGCACCAAAAGAUGGACUGUGCAAUGGCACAAGAUUGAUGGUUUCUAGAUGCAAUACUCGCAUAAUUAAAGCUCAAAUUUUAACUGGAGAAAAAUGUGGCAAUUUGGUAUUCAUACCAAGGAUAUCCUUGACACCAUCUUCCUCAGAAAUAUCUUUCCGAAUGACAAGACAUCAGUUUCCAGUUCGAUUGGCAUAUGCCUUGACCAUUAAUAAAUCUCAAGGGUAA